AUGAGCAAUUUGACUACGUCGACGGACUCGACCGUUCAGGCCCGUCCGCCUGACUUGACGUGUGGAACGUUCUCGGGCAAAGACGUUGCUGCUCGAAGAUGGCUCAGUCGCCUUCAUUGGGAUUUUGAGCGUGCGGGUCACCAGACUCUUGAUCCGAGCCAAGUCAUCAGAACCAUCUCCAUGCAGUGUGAUGGCGAGGCGGCAACCUUCCUGGACUCUACCCCAGCAUUGGCUGACGCGGUUGACCGAGCUGAGAACAAGCAGGCUACCAAGGCGGACUUGGACAAGUUGGAACAAGCCCUUCGGGACCGAUUCCCUGCCAGACUGGUGGACGAAUCAAACGCCGUUGAUACCAUUGAAUCCCUUCACCAAAAGAGCGGCGAGCCAUUGGCCGCGUAUUACAACAGAGCCGUUGCUGUCCUGAACAGCGCUGGUUGUAGUGAUCGGAAUACCAGUGGGGACAGCCUCAAUCAGGCACAGCAGGUCCUGCUGGGACAGAUCAUCCGCCAGUUCAUCAAAGGGCUGCAUGAUCCAGCACUGAGGCAUCAGUCCAUUAGCAUGUCGGCACUGACUGCUCAGGGCCUACCCGAGGCAUUCCACAAGGUCAAGACUUCCCAACAGGUCCUUGAUGAGCGAAAGGCAGAGGAGCAACAUAAAGCGGCUGCCAGUCGUGCUCGAAUGCUAGAGGCAAUUGUGGCCCAACAGAACCCGUCCGUCCCGGUGGAUCACCUCUUGGCCCAGCAGUUUGGUCAGAUGGCUAUGCAGGGUCAUCAAGUUGGAGCGUACCAUUCAGGGCUGACUGGGAGUCAUCCGGCACCGAUGCUGCCGCAGGUGGUUCAGACCCAAUGGGGACACCCUCAAAUGCAGGCCUUGCCGUAUCAGCCCCCGACGCAGGGUGGCCAGCAAUUCCCAGCAUACGGUCCAGUGCAGAACCAAGCCGGCCAAUAUGGAACUGUUCAGAGUCAAUGGUAUGCACCAAACACUUCUGAUCAGACGAAUCGGAAUCAAGUUGCUCAGGGCAACCAAGUUUCCGCCCCGAACAAACAGGCCUAA